AGGACGAUAAAAUCAGACAUUUAAAUACCUGUUUAUCACAGCUAAAACUUAAUCCGUCCAUACCUUACUAAGAAACACUCUAUCAAUGUCCCAGGAUAUAUGUUAUCGAAAUUUUUCAUGAUAUUUUUUUCUGAAUGUAUUCUCGAGUGAUUGUAAUUUUUUCUGGAUUGUUUUCGAGACCAAUUUCUGUCUCCAUGUUUGGGAAUCGUCUGCUGUCGUGAUCGCGUGCGAUAUGACGUAAACGUUUCCGGGUCUCAUGAGAAGUGAGAUGAAGGCCAAGAAAAAUCUGAGGAACUUGAGCCGAGGAAAACAUAAUCAAUAUUGUAAUUAGUUUAUUUAUAUUCACUGAAACAAAAGCCUAGGAGAAUGGCGAUGCUGAGAGGGAAUCGGGAUAACUUGGACGACACAAAGAGGGAGAUCUACAAAGCUUGCAGGGAGGGGCAGGUAGAGGAACUGAUCAGACUGGUGGGCGGUAAUGCCAACAUGGAGGUCAAGGAUGGUCAGAAGCCUCUACAUAUUGUCGCAUUAAGCGGAAGAGAAGACAUGGAGUCCAUUAUCAGUGCUCUACUUAAAAUAGGAAGUGACGUCAAUGCCACGACAACUACAGAUGAGGACACAGUCCUUCAUUUAGUCAUUAAACACGCUGUCCUUCGGUUGGCCUUUCAGACCUGUCUGAUGAUUCUAGAGCACAACCCAGAUCUUGAUAUACGAAACAAGAACUUACGAACGCCAUAUGAUGUGGCUAUGGCGCAGGAAUAUUUUGAGUUGGCUAAUGUAUUAGAUGGUUCAAUGACUGCCGAGGAAGCCCGAGAAUACUACACAAAGUCUCUCGGAGAAUUAUACGGGGGGCGACUCAUUGAUGCUGUAAUGAACAAUAAUGAAAAAGAAGCUUUAGACUGUGUUAAUCAGGGGGCAGAUUGUAACUGCCUGAAUAAGCAUGGCGCUGGCGCUAUACACUACAUGUUCACCAAUCUUUACCAACAUCCCCCUUUAAACCUGCUCAGUCGAAUGGUAGACGCAGAGGCAGAUGUCAAUCUCAGGGAUUACGAAGGGGAUACAGCCUUAAAUCUGGCAAUAAAGAGACCUAGUCUCAGACAAGAUAAUCAAAUGUAUAACGUGGUGGAUCAACUAUUAAAAUGGGGAGCGGAUCCAACUCACAAAGAUCUGGAUGGUAAUGAUGCUCUGGCAUUAGCGGAGAGUAGAAACUACCUGGAUGUUGUCAAGUUACUCAAAAGACAGAAAACAGCUAGAAUUACACCUCCCCCUCCAAUUAUUGCAGCGCCCCCUCGCCAGUCUCCUACGCCGUCCGAAUCCUCCACACUGCCGCCUCUCUCACCCUCUAGAGCUCUGAGACCAUCGCCAACGCCCAGAAGAAACCGAGGUCCCGAACGAAAUCACGAGUCUCCGACGUCGUCUGACUCUUCCACACUGCCAAGAGCUUCCCCUAAUAGAGGUCUGCGACCAACUCCAUCUCCAUCGCCAGAACAAAAUCGGAAUAUUGAACCCGACCAUGAGGAAUCCAUCACUUCCGCUAUAGAGGAGGAUAAUCCAGAUGACCUGGAUGAACUGCUGAGUGAUCCAGACGCCAACCUCAACGUUCCUAACUCGAUGGGGUUGUUUCCUUUACAUGUUGCAAUACUGAGAAAUAACCCUGCCAGCAGGAACAAUAUGGUACAACGAAUACUUAACAAAGGGGCUGACAUAAAUGUUAAAGCCAUGCCCGCUGGAAAUACUCCACUCCAUAUGUCAGUGGCCAGGGAUCAACUGGACACCGUCCGGAUCUUAUUGUCCUACGAUCCAGCAAUAUCACCAACUAAUGACGAGGGACAGACACCUUAUAACUAUGCCGAAGAGAAUGGUAAUGCGGAGAUGAUGAGACUUCUAAAGGACCAAGAACAACGUGUACAGCGGAGUAAGAACAAAUCCUCUACCUGUCCAGUUGACGAGCUUGAUGAAUUAUUGCGGGACCCAGAGGCCAACGUGAAUGUCCAAAACUCGAGUGGCUUGUUUCCCCUUCACGUUGCAAUCAUGAAGGACGAUCCAUUAAUUCGGGAGACACUUGUUAAACGUCUGAUCAGUCGAGGUGCUGAUAUCAACGCUAAAGCAAUACCAAAACCAGAGAAGAAGACUCCACUGACUGCCAGGAAAGCGGAACCGAGAGAGAUAGAAGAAAGAGGGAGAACACAAUCCUUUGAUGAGGUAAAAGCCUCGGUGAAAGAUCGAAGGAAGGAACAUGACGGUUUAGAUGAACUUAUCAACGAUCCUGAUGCGAAUGUUAACAUCAGAAACGCAAAUGGCUUGUACCCAUUACACCAGGCUAUAAUGCGGAAUGACCCCGUAGAUAGAAAUCAGCUGAUAGAAGCUCUCAUCCGAAGAGGAGCCGAUAUUAAUGGCCGAGCACUUAAGAGUGGGAACACUCCACUGCACCUCGCUGUGACGCGGGGUCAGCUGGGAACAACGAGGCUCCUCCUGUCUUGUAUGCCAACCCUCUCUGUGCCAAACAACGCUGGUAAAACUCCCUACACUAUCGCUGAGGAAAACGGCAAUAUGGAAAUUUUGUCUCUUCUGGAAUCUUACAAAAGAAAUGUGGUUAAUAAAAGAAGGAAUCAGUCCGUCCGCGACAAACAAAACUGUGUAAUAUCAUGA